AUGGCUAUGCUGGAUGCAAGUCUCGGCUCAGGAGCUGAAACUGGACUCACCGAGUGGCGUAACUUCCAUGAUGUUACCUACACCAGAGAGAAGAGGAUUGAGUGCAUCCAUUGGGUGCCAGAAGAGCCCGAUGUUGUUGCUGCAUCGUACUUGGACAACCUUACCUAUGGCCAACGACUCGAGACCAUGGGCAAGCCUCGUCCAUCCUGCAUCCUGCUGUGGUCAUUCCACAAUCCUCUGUCACCCCACGCGGCACUGCUGAGCCCAAGCGAGGUCGUCACCUUCUCCUUCUGCCCGACGGACCGUCGUUUCGUGGUCGGUGGACUCAUCACAGGCCAGAUGGUGCUGUGGCGCGUGACGGACCAGGAGCUAGGCGUUACUGCUGCGAAACGGGGGAAGGUGGCUAGGAAGAAGAGAGAGAAAGAAGGCCACGACAAAGGGGACGUUGAGAAGUCAAAAGAGAAGGUCAAGACGGUGAUGACGACUACAAAGAACAAGCCAGCACUGGAGAUAAAGCACAAGCUAGUCUCUACUAUAGACGACUCGCACAAACGAGCCUGUCGGUCGAUCGCGUGGUUGCCGCAUUGGCUGGAUGUGGAACGCAAGGGGAAAUGCGUUGACAAUAGGAGCACAUUGGAAGGAGAGGAGGAAACUGUCGAGAAGGCUAAGUUCUUCGUGACAGUCGCUGGUGACGGGCAGGUCUUCCUUUGGGACUUCCAGAGUGCUAGGGACGCCGUAGUGAGAGGCGAACAUGACUUCACCUGGCGGCCUAUACAUAGUGUCCAGCUGCAACGACAGGACUCUGGCACGGAAAUGGGGUGUACCCAUAUACUGCCUCUGGCCUCUAUGAAUCUCACCCAGAAGGCUCAAGAGAAUCGAGAAUCGAACUUCCUGAGUAACUUCUUCGCCACGACGGAGGAGGGUGAAGUCAUCUUUGGAGAUUGGGCGGCCGUGGGUAGCGCUGAGAAGAAGCCUGAGUUGGUGAAGUCCCUCUGUGAAGUGAGCAAGACUUUUCGACCUCUUUUGGAGCUGAGGGAGUCUCAUAGGAUGAGUGACCUCAUGUUAGCUGUAUCGGACUGGGAGUUCUCCCUCUGGUAUAUUGGAGGUUCCGCACCGUCUCUUACUCGUCCUAGAAGGGCGAACAUGGAUGAGGAGGAAGAGGAGGGGGACGAAGUGGAGACAGCGAGGCCUGUCAAGUCCCUGGCUGACAGAAUACGCGAGCCUAUAUUCCGGAGUGCGGCACCAAGCAACUACUUUGCGUGCGGAGCUUGCUCCCCGUCACGGCCCGCGGUGCUUUACUUGGGCAGAGUCGAUGGUAGUGUGGACGUCUGGGACUUUACCGACCAGAGUCAUCAACCUCUGAUGUCCUUUCCGGUCACUGCGGCUGGUCUCACAUCUAUGACCUUCUGUCCAGAGGGGAAGUCACUCAUGGCCGUGGGAGACGACCAUGGGCAUCUCCACGUGCUCAGGUUGCCUGUUAAUCUUGUGUGGGGCCCCGAUAGGGAGGAAGAGAUCGUUCGGCAAAUCCUGGAUCACGCCUACCACAACCUUGAUGGAGUUCCCGAGAGGAAGAAGAUGCUCGAAGCUCUCAAGCAACAGAACGAAAAAGACACAACUACAGGUGAUGAGGAGACAGUGGUGCUGACAGACUCGAUGGUUGACGAGGAAUACAAGAAAACACUGGCAGAAUUCUGUGAAGCGGCUGGAAUACCGCAGGCGUCUUCCUCUGAAGCUCCUCCCAUGUGA